UAAAUUGAUAUCAGUACCCCUUUUACCGUUAGGUAAAUAGCAGUGUAUUGUAUUUGUGCACCGGAUUUUGACAGAAAUAUAUUGUAUUUAAAUUAUUAAAGUGAGAAGAGUAGUAUAUUUAAUACCGAUGUGGUCAUUGUAAUUUUUCUUUUAUAAAUUUUGUUUAGUGUAGGAAGGAGUUUCUAGCAAACAAGAUGACAACAAAUAGGUUUCAUAAAGCUGCUAAGGAUGGAAUGUUAGAGGUCUUAAAGGAGACAACAUCGAGAGACUGCAAUACAAGAGAUGAGCAAGGCAUGACACCGACCUUAUACGCCGCAUUUUAUGGAAAUUUAGAUGCUUUGAGGUUACUAUGUGGACGAGGCGGAAACCCAGACAAAGCUGAUCUGUUCGGCAAUACGGCCCUUCAUCUAGCAGCUGCACAAGGUCACAAACAUAUAGUAACGUUUCUAGUCAAUUUUGGUGCAAACAUAUACUCCAUGGACAUCGAUAAAAGGACUCCACAAGAACUCGCGGGAAUCAACAACAGAGAUGAUAUUUUAAGAUUUAUAGAUGGUAUCCAAGCUAAAAUGGAAGCAACAGAUAAGAAAAAAGCUAAGACUAUGCAAGAUAAAGCCAAAGAAGAAUACAAAAAGCGAAUGAAAAACUUUAAUAAACAAAUGGCAAAACAAGAAAAGCAAAACGAGAAACUAGAAAGGCGAAAAACGAAACCCUCAAUGAUGUCAACUUGGAAGUCAAAAUUUAUCGGCGGAUCCAUGUCCAACCUAGCUGUCGACAAUCAAGCAGAAAGAAGACCCACUUACAGUUCGAUUAUAAGCGGUACGGUUAAAGGAAAUAUGAGUACCGUACAAAGGAAAAUUUUAGCCAAUAAAAAUAAUAGAUUAGGACAAAAUGGCGAAGAAUUUAGAGUAAGCCACAUAGAAGAUGGAAAGCUAACUAUAAACUCUCUCAAAGGUAUUACCCGAGAUUCGGAGGUAUUAUACGGGGGUACUCUAGAAGCCGUAGGUUUUAAAGAAAGAGGGCGUUUGGAUAGCAUAUUUAAUGAAGCCGAAUCUAUAACGUCCAUGCCUACAAAUCCUACAGCUGCUCCUCCUCCUGGUCGUUUGACUAGAUCCUUAUCACAACCCGACUUUUUGCAAGAAAUGAGGAAAAACGCCGAGGAUAAGAUGCAAGAACCAGCCAGUAUUUUUAUUAGACCAGGAAUAGGAAGUAUAGUCAUUAGAAAAAGCAUCACACAAAAUUCGUUUGGUAAAUUUUACGGUAAUCAUGAAGAAAGUUCUAUAGGUUCUGGAGAAAGUUAUGGUCCUCGUCAAAUAACAGACGAUGAACUCUCAGAUACUGGAUCCAGUGAAGACGAAAAUCCUCACGGUCCUUUGGAAAGAUUUUUAACAGCCUUUGGACUAAGAGAAUACCUGGACACACUUGUACAGCAAAAAAUCGACUUGGACACUUUGAUGAUUUUAGAAGAAAGCGACCUCAAGAGUCUUAAUUUACCCAUUGGUUCUCACAGAAAAUUGGUACUUGCAAUUAACGAAAGAAAAGCUGCCUUGGAAAAUCCCGGAGAAGUUAAGGAUACGAUGCUGUAAAUAGGUGUAAAAUUAUGUAUAAAAUAUUAUAUUUAAUAUAUUUAUGUCUAUUUUUAAUUAUAAAUGCAAGACGUGCUUUCUUUAUUCUGAAUUAUUAUGGGUAAAGUAAUAAAGUUGAUUAUUGAGC